GUAAUGCGCACCUGCUGAGCCGAUGCGAAAGCUCACGUCAACUUUGGGGAUGAGGCAGUAAGACCAAAGAUGGCGGCGCUGGUGGAGGGUGAGCAAUAUGGUCUAACAUCUGGUAGGUCCACCGGCGCUGACAAAACUUGUGUGUACGUAAAACUCACCGACUCAGCACUUCGAGCCAUCGAGGAUUUCCAAAAGACUCACAUCACCGCCACCAGCCACAGACCAGUCAUACAGUUAAGAAACAAUGAAGGGGUUAUCAAAAUUCCAAGCAAGUCUUCCGAUAGUGCAGAAGGAUUUAAACAGUUCCGAUUUGUUGUAUCGAAUCUCCCAGGCGACCCGAACGGUAGCUUUGAUUGUGUCCAACAGUCCCACAAAAAUCAACUUGACCUAGUUGGUAGUAUGCCCUCUAAAAUCUCGGUAUGUGCCACUGACGAUGUCUACAAAGCCACUAAACAAAAAAUGACACUGGCAGAAGAAGAGAGCAAGAAAAAUUGCGCCAAAGAAAUUAAGCCAGGUGCACCAAAUGUAGGGCGCAAAAUCAAGAAAGUGAUCAGGGGUGGGGCUGGUGCAAUUUACUCAAAAAACAGUGCAAGCAGUAAUGGCCCUUCCCAUCACAAAACCAGUCCUUCCUACACGUCAGCAGGAACGGGGACGAUGGGGAGUAGUUUCAGGGGAGCAGCAUCUGUCUCCAAAGCAUCUUCAUUGGUGUCCAAGUCCAACCCUGCCCUAGGGGGAGCCAGUGGGAUCACCAGCAGUUCCAGUGCCAAGUCCUCUUCCAGUAACAGUAAUGCUGCAGCUGUGAUGACGAAUUCUUCGAAUUCUAGUAGUUCUUCUAGUAGUAGUAAACCUAACUCUGCCAUCAUGGCAUUGCCAUACAGAGACAGGGUGAUCCAUUUAUUAGCAGUUCGACCUUACAAAAAACCAGAAUUAUUAGCUAGAUUACAAAAAGAUGGUAUUAAAGAAAAAGACAAGAAUUCAUUAGGUUCCAUAUUACAGCAAGUAGCUCACUUUUCCCCAAGGGAAAAUACAUAUACUUUAGCUAAACAUCUAUAUGAUAGUGUGAAACCAGACUGGCCAUUUUAUACAGAAACAGACAAGCAGCUAUUGAAAAGGCGUAGGCCGCAUGAAAGCAAUGGCACUCCCACAAGAUCUCCAUCUGUAUCCCCAACUAGUACUGCUCAUAGUCCACCCUCUUCACAGAAAAGAGGCAGUAGUAGCAGCAUCAGUGAGUUAGACCAGCCUAGUAAAAAACAGAGAAUAGCCCAUUCUUCCAGCAAGGCUACUGUCAAUGGUCAUUAUAGUCCAGACAAAUAUGAAGUGACCACAACUACUCCAGAUUCCAGCCAUAUUAAGACAGAUGAAGAGAACAAAGGAAGCAGUCGGGCCUUAGCUUCAUCCACCUCAGACACCCCAGACUACAUCCUUCAGUACACCAUGAUCAACUCCCAAGAGCAGCGGAGGAGGUACAAGGAGGACUUUAACCAACAGUACGACCACUACAGGGGGAUACAUGCUAGUGUGGAGAAAGUUUCCAAGAAGUUCCGAGAGCUCCAAGAACAGCUCUACAAGUCCAAACCUGGCACAGAGGAGUAUGAGAAAAUCCGUGACAAAAUCUACAGAGAAUACAAGGGCAUGAAGAAUGACUCAAAAUACAUGGAAGAGAAGAAGGAAGUUGACUACUUGCACACUAAACUAGGACACAUUAAACGAUUAAUACAGGAAUAUGACCAGUCCCUUCAUGAAGACUCCUAGCUCUGGUCCUUUUUCUCAACACCUGACCAAUAGAUGGCACUGUAUGUCAGGGUCUUGUCAUGACAUAUCUAAUAUGACCAACAAUGGAUACAAUCUCUGCUGAAAGAAAACUUCUUGAUCCUUACAUUUUUUGCCUAAACCCCUGCAAAGGAGUUAUUAAGUAUGAAUUGAAAUCACCCCAAAAAGAACCCUCCAUUACACCACAUUGCUAUAGCUGCUAAAGUGAGUUAAAUCUGUGAUAUACACUUCUUGUAGAGAUAAAGUUAUGAUAUAAGUCAUAAAAUCACCCAUACAGGUUAUAUUCGUAACAGAUAUUUCCAGGACAUUAUUUUGAGGUGCUUUGUAUAUGUAACAUUAACUUUGUGCAUUGGCUCAUAGAGCUCAAGAUUACAUGUAUUUUUUUUUUAUUAUUGCACAUUCUAUGAUUGCUCUUGUUCAUUGGGAGGCAGAAGAUAUCACGAAUGGGUUUCAUAUAUCAAAUGUUGGAAUUUUAGUACAUUUCUUAAACUUCAGAUACUAACUUACAGGUUGAAUUCAUCUGAUCAGGUAGCAUAAUCUUUUUUACAGCAAUGUGAAGUCUCUAUUUACAAACUGACUUUGAAGAUGCUCAUAAUUUUCGUUUCAUUUUUAUGUGUAAUGAUGGGUAGUGUAUCUGUCUGCAACUUUGUGAACAAGCAGCCCACUAUAAAUCACCAGGGAUGAAAUGUAGCCCCAUUUUAUUUCAGUAUUAAUAUGCAAAAAAAACUUAACUUGUAAAUGUAUUUCCAUACACAUUAAAUAAGCAAAAGGUUAGAACAAAUGACAGAUUAUGGAGUUCUAUUUAAAAGUUAAAUUCAAUCUACGGUUGAAGUUUGUGUUAUUAUGUUCAUUUAAUGAUUGGUUCUUUUUUCUGUUUAAUAUGUGUAUGCAGUUUAACACCAUAAAAGUAUUUAUUUCUUUUAUUGUUGCAGCUUUUUGUUGGAAUGGCUGUGGACCAAGUUGUCUUGCUUUUUUUUGUCUCUCUCACUGUGUGAGAAGUGCUCUUUUUGUUGUAACUGCCACAAUCAAAGAAGUAAAAUUAUGAGUAAAAAAAAAUUAAAACACAUGCCAAAUGUGAAUUAUUUUGUGAUCAUUAUCACAAUACUGAUAUUAUUUUUUCCUAUGAGCAGGCUUUGCCCUUCUUUUGGGAAUAUUGUCCAAAUGAUGUAAACAGAUAGUUUGAAUUGAAAAUUGACUUGUUUGGAAUGAUAACCCUCUUUAUUGUUGCACAGAAAUCUUAUCCAUCAUUGUUUGAACUGCUGCACUGUGUACAAAGACACUUAGGCUUGGAUUGUGAAAUUCUACAUUCUUCUGGGCAUGGAACAAAAUGUUAAAGAACGAGUAUGACGUAUAUUUCAUAUCUUUCAUAAGCAGUUUUGACAAAAUCAGUGAGUUGAUUUUACCCAGUUUGUACACAUUGUAGCAGGUAUUUCAGUAUUAUGUGGAGAAACAUUGUUUGGAGAGGUCUCUGUUCAAAACUGACAUCAAAUGAUUGGUCAUUUGCCCCAUCUUUGGUUUUGCUUGCUUACUUUUAAUUUUUUUUUUUCACUUUAAAAACAAAAAAAUUACAUAUAUAUGUAUACUCAUGUUCAUCAGUUCUUCUAAGAAUAAGAGGUUCUUAGAAGUGUGAAGACCUGGAAAGUAGAAUCGCAAGUGACUAAGCACCCAUUUCAGGAGGAAUUUCCCUUUGAGUGUGGUGUAAUUUUCACUUUGUUGAAAAUAAUUUUAGAUGUAAGAACUGUCCUAACAUAUGCAGAAAGUUAUCAAUUCAUGUAUGUAAAUACAACAAAUCUGUAACAUAUUCUAGGAAUGCUUUUUGUGUAGCAGGUUUGAACCCCACUUGGAAAAUGUACCAUACACAAAAUCUAAAUGGCUUUAUAUGUCAAGCUAAUUUUAGGACUAAAUUAUCACAUUUGUCUUUAUUAUGAUAGAUAUAAUGUGGGGGCAAAAUAGAGAGAUGUUAAGGCAUUAGUCCUAAAAUAUGUUGUAUUUUUGCAGUUGUAGAUUUAUUCUGUGAUUUUGACAGGCUGUUCUUAUAGACAUUUCGAGCAAGUAUCUUCAGAAACACAUUGCUGAAUGUCAAGGGCAUUUACUGCCAUUACUCUAGCACUGCAUCAAAUUGCAACCUUUGUAUCUUUUCAUGGGUACCAAAAAAAACUUUGAAAAACUGCUCAUUCUUGAUUUAAGAAAUGGUGCAUUUCCAUUUUGUUCUUGCCAGGUGCUCUCCAGAAGGACAGUGAUUUCCACAAACAACGGUACUG